AUAUUUGACAAAAAUUUUUAGUUACUUAGCAGGUUAAUGACUUUUAAUUUUUAUUCUACAUUUUAAAUAAUCUUAUUUAUUGUCAUUGAAAAAAAACAAUCAAAUUAAAUGCAUUCAGUACAACAUUAUGUACAAAAUUGAGACACAUUAGACGUCUUUAAAAUGUCUUUAAAAGAUAUGUCAUGCUAAAUGAUAUCUUUGAGAUGUGCUUAAGUCAUCUUAUAUUCUGUUUUUAGACAUGUGUGCUGUACGAAUCUUUUAUUAUAAUUAUUAUUAUUUUUUCCUGCUCAUUAGAUUUAAUUUUAUUAUUAUUUUUUUUAUUAGAGUUUUUCUUUCUUUUUUCCUUUCUUUUUAUGCAGAAUUUAUAAAAUAAUUCAUAAAAAAUCGAAAUAAAAGUUUUAAUUUUUCUACAUCAAUAUCAAUUAUUAAAAGUUACCGAAAUUUAAAAGCUGCAGAGUCUAUAGAUUUAUUCCUUUUUUUCUCUUCAACGACAAAAAAUUUUGAAUACCCAAAUCUUGGCUCUGAAAUCAAGCUGCAAAAAAAGAGAAAACAAUGAAAAGUUUGGCUUCUAAUGGCUUAUGCAGCAAAAAUGACCUAUUUUACUGUAGUUUUAGACAAAUAACUUUUAAAUAAGUAAAUUGAUCCCUGUAAACUUUUAUAAAAAUAUUUAUUAAUAUUUUAUUAUAAUUAUAUUUGUCAAAAAAAUAAUUUAAUUUAUUAUUUUCUUAUUAAAUUAUAAAUAAGUGCUGUAAAACGUGAUUUUACAAGAAUCAAGAGUAAAUAAAAAAAUUAGGUAUAUGGACUUUCAAAUUAAUAAUUAUGUUAAAAUUUUAUAUAUAAUACGUAUAUUUAAAUGUAAAAAUAGAACACAAUCUAUGAAAUUUUCAAAUUUUUGAUAAUACUUGGAAACGUGACACAUCCUCAACGUGUUGUUGACACGUAUUCUCCGUCACCUGAAUUAAAAUCAACCUACAUACGAAAACAUAUUGGAACUCGUGCGGGGAUAUCGUGGCCGCGGUGGCAGGAGGAGAGGCCCUGAGAGAUGCGUGGGCCCGACACGUCCGCGUGGUCCCAUUGAGUCGGUCAGUCGGUGGCUUUCGGUCCUCGGUGUUAGCGCGAAUGUGAGGCCCUUGGCGGCUACUAUUACCUCGCGCUACCACUUCGGGAAUGCGUUUUCGCGGGCACCGGGCGUGAUCCGGGAAGGUGCGAUUAUGCCAUCACGCUACCAUGGGAUAUUUAUCUUGUGUAUCGCCACGGUAGCCGGAGCAUCGUUUCCGCCGGUGGGGAGAUGCUGCACUAUCUGGCGCGCGCUAAGUAGCGUUAGCGUGUUACUCACCUUGCCGAGGACCACGCACCAAUGGUCGCUCCUGGGACUGAAUCUCUGGUCGAAUCAUGGGGCGGAUUAUAGGAAGCCGGUGUUUAACGAGCUCCUUGAACGUGACGCGACUCGAUUUUCCAGAGUGCUGAACUUCUUUCCCGUUCCGGUUGAGGAAGAGUGCCUGUCCGAGGACAAACGACGUCAGGGAAUAUGCAUGAACACAUAUGAGUGCCGUAUCCAGCACGGGCAAUCUCACGGGCCGUGCGCGCUCGGUUUCGGCGUGUGCUGCAUAUUCACGGCAAGCUGCGACAGUGAAGUACAGAAUAAUCUGACCUACGUGACCAGCCCUGGUUUUCCCAACCUCAUCGACCGGCCUAUGAACUGCUCGGUGGUUAUACGGAAGAUCGAUACGGAGGUCAGCCAGUUGAGGAUCGACUUCGUCCAUUUCAACAUUGGUCAGCCGAAUCCCACGACCGGCAUGUGCGACGGGGAUGUUAUGAUGAUUAACAACAAUAGGACAUCUUUCGAAUUGUGCGGAUGGAACAGCGGGCAACACGUGUACGUGGACGUGGACGAAGGCGACGAACCAAUCACUUUAAACUUCCGGCUGCCAAGCGGACUGCAACCACGAAUGUGGGAGAUGCGGGUGGUGCAGCUGGGCUUCGAGCAACGUGCGCCGGUCGGAUGUCUUCAAUACUUUCGCGAGCCGAACGGCACACUGAGGACAUUCAAUUACCUACCGAACGGCAGAUACCUCGCCGAGCGUGAUUACCUAUUAUGCGUACGUCAGGAGAGGGACAUGUGCGGGAUCGCUUAUCAGCCCUGCACGCGAAACUCUUUUCGGAUAGGCCCUAAUAGGACUCAAGAUAUGUCCAACACGACCGAUAACAGCACGGUCCCCGCAGCAACGACCGCCGCGAACGGCGGAAACGCCUCCGCUGUCAAUCUGAACGUCGCCCCGGCAAACAGCUCCCAGCAAACGGACAUCGUCGAGGGAUCGGGGGCAGGAUCGCCCGAGCAGGAAAUGGUUUUUAGCACCAGGACGAAUUCGAUGCUUUUCCUCGGGAGACGGUGCAGGGACAGGAUACUCAUUCCCUGCGACUUUGAGGAGUUUAUUACACCGGGGAACGACAUGGCAGGUAUCUGCAAUUUGGAGCGUUGCGGCAGUUCGCUGUGCGGCCAAAAUGAACUCGACGUGGAGGGUAACUGUCGGGUCGAGGCCUGGACUACACCCUUUCGCAUAAGGGUGGCGUUCGGCCCGGGUAAUAACAUGGACGGCACACUGGAGGACAAUGCCGGCAUGUGCCUCACGUACCAACAGUUAGCUUGUGUAGCCUGAGCGUUAUAAUUAUACCGCUCUCCGCGAGGCAGACAAAGCGCAAAGCUGGGCACGCUGGGGACGACCUAUAUAAAUGCGGAGACAACGUUACUGUCGAACAGAAGAAGGAAGCGUCAUCGGGCUGAAUCCGUACCGUCCGCAAACAGAUCGUUCCUGCUAGCAUUGUUACGUCGCUUACUCUCGCAGCGCCAACAUAGAAAAAUACAUAUUUUUCGAACCGAGAGAAAGAAGAUUUUCGAUCGUGGAUUUUACUCGUUCAGCUUGGACUGAUGGACGCGCGGGAUUACGGAUGGUGGGAAUUAAGGGAUUGGGCCGGGGGAGGGGGGGUUAAAGUAUUAGUGCUUGUACAAAGUCAAUCAAUAUCGGAAAAAAAAAGUCAAAGAGUCAAAUAGUUUUUAUUUACAAAUGAACUAGCUUAAAUUGUAAACGCAGCGCACAACUCUCGACAUAGUGAUAUAUAUAUAUAUAUAUAUAUAUAUAUAUAUAUAUAUAUAUAUAUAUAUUUAUAUAAUUCGCCUUUGUGUCCCGCUUCCUUUUUUAUUCUCUUACUCGAUUACCCGUCACGAUCAUCGGCCGCGAUACGCAGUGUGUUAAUCACGGGGCACCGGUGUCUCGCGCCGAGGUUCAUCUCGAACGCGAGAUUAGCGGCAGAACGCUUAUCUCUAUAUGUAAUGUAAUGAUGGUAUAUAGCUUCCGCUGCGGAAAGCGCCGACGACAAUCACGACGGUAAUCGUUAGCGCGAUAACGGUAAUGACGUUACAAGAAUAAAUUAUAAUGUCGUUAAUACAAUAAUUGUCGACGAUGACAACAUCACCUCGAAUUGCCCUCCUAGAAGAAACGUGCGCGCGCGCCGUCUCGCCUCCGUAGAAGUCAAGACACACCGCAUUUAGUCUUUUUCUUUAUACAAGCUAUCUCGCAGAUAUACGUCGUGUACAAUAAUUAUAAUUCAUAACGGUAGGAAAAUUAUAGCGACAAUAUAAAUGGAGACAAUUCGACGACAGUGGUGAAACUGCAGCAAGGUUACUUCGAUGUCGUCGUCGUCGGCGACGUCGCUCUGUCGUACAAUUCGAAAUCAUACGUAUCUACCUACGAAGUCAAAAGGGGCUGUUAAGUAGCGUAGUAAGAGUGGGUGGCGGUGGUCGCGACGAACGUAUGUGUGUGUGUGUGUGUGUGUGUGUGUGUGUGUGUGUGUGUGUGUGUGUAAUGCAAAUGUGUUACGUGACGUGAUUAAGCGUGUUUCUCUCUGUGUACGAUCACUUGGUGCAGGGGGGCACACGUUUCACUGUCCUAACACUCUACCGAUAUCGAAUUUCGGAUGUUCGGGGGGGCAUUUAACCUGCGAAGCAAUGAGGCCAUAUAUAUAUAUACACUUUUCGAGCGAAUCUACGCGCUAGUUAAGUUGAAAUAAACUAACGCUUGACGAGACGCAAAGGGAAGAGAGUUGUAUUUCUCCUCUCUUUAGCGAAACAACCGAGUGCUCUCAUCUUACGGCUGUCACGUCCAAAUGCGUCACGUACGAGCGAUGUAUCACCGACAAAUCACGUUCAAUGCAAUGAUUUCUUAACGGAGAGGAAUCAAACGUUCCCCGAUGGAUCUGUCUUCGGUCCGAUUAAGCGCCCCACCGCAUCCGAUUGAGCUACGUGUGUUCCCGAAUAAACUGUCGUCGGACGUUCGUCGUUGUAUUUACAUCGUCGAGCGAUACAACGGAGCACUGUACAAUUCGUGAUGCUUUACGCGGUGUGCGCAGGUAACGCGAGACUCGAGCAGGCGUCAGGUGACGGUCGUCUACCGGCGAUGGCGAUAUCGAAUCCACGGAUAUUUCUUCACGGAUAUAUCCGACGAAAGAUUCGAGAUCUGCACGAGCUGAAGGCAAAUGCAGGUAAUCAGAUGCUUCGGUAAUCUCCGGUAAGUUCUCCUCGAGCGUUUGAAAAAACUUAUGUUCGCUCGGCACGGAAAAAGUCUCUCGCUCUCUCGAUACUUUCUUCCUUAACUCUGAUAUCCCCCGUGGCGAGAGUUAUCGAACAAUGCGAGAGAUUGUCGCAUACCCGGGGUGUUCGAUCGACUGCGCGGAACUUCUGCAAAUUUAUCCGAAUUUUGCUGAACGCUAAUUUAUUAAUUACCCGACCGACAUCCGAAUCGCAUUCGGCGAAAAUCCGAAUCCGCGACUCAAUUUGCACCCGCGCGACCUGCACACACACACACGUUAAUCUCGUUAUCGAUUAACCGAAUCCUACGUAUUAGAAAACCUGGUAUUAGAAAAUCUGGACUUCCACCCUUGAUCCUGAAAGUGGACAGCGGCGGAACCAACGGAGAAAUGCUUACGAAAAGGCAACGAGAGCCCCCGGGGAAUCGAUCAGGAUCGCCAGAUUUUUCCCUCUUCAGACCGCGCUCGAUUUCUACGAAUGUUAAUAAUAACAACGCUAGGCAAAUCGCUACUUUUAUUUCCAAGUCAGAUUGGCACGGAGCACGUAAACGUUGAAACGGAACGUGACGGCAGACACGUAGGUAAAACACGUAGCGUGAACACAAAGCUAACGCGUUUGUAACGAGUCGGCGAAUGGAUAAUCGAUAACCAUUAAUCAAUUUCGACUGGUCACGUGACGUAUUAAGCACAUCGCGUUAUCACAGUCCGGGCUUGCGCCCGGGUAUAGAAAUGGGACCCUCGAUGUAAAAGGGUGUCGAGGAGUGCGUGCGUGCGUACGUGCGUUGCGAAGAUGAUCCCGCGCUAUGGUAGGAAGGAGAGAAAAAAGGUCUGGCUAUCCUGGCUAAUCCCCGACAGUCAAACGUAAAGCGAGGAGCGAACGCUGAUGGUAAAACCGCAAGCGGCGAAACGUACAUUACUAUAAAUUAUAGCUAGCGUUUACUGGCCGUUACGAAAAGAGUAGGUACCAUAAGACGUCGCUACCAAUGGUGCAGCAUUAGAGCAACAAUGUGUGCGGAUCGCACAUACACACGGAGUCUCUCUCUCCCCCUCUCUGUCUUUCUCUCUUUUUCUCUAUACACACUUUCGUACGCUUUAUCCCUUUAAAAACAGUUGUGCGUGCGUGCUCAUUGUACCCGCCGCCGAUAUGCAUUUUCUUCUUUAUUUUUAAAAUUUCUCCUUCCCCCUUCCCCUCGCCACUUCUGGUCGUUUAAGACAGGGGAAACGACUGUAAACUCGUAAAUUGAUCGAUGACUCUUCGCGCGAUUAUCGAAUCUAUCGAAGAAGAGACGUCCUUUGUAUCGCCCUUUACGAUCUGCUUCACUCGACUUCAUCUUAACUUUCAGCCCUACUGUUCGUUCGGUCAAAACGAAGCCCGCGCCCGGAUUAAACAGCAAUGUUUCCCCCAUUGAAUGUAUGUUCCCGCAAAAUUCGGCGCAAAUUGUUGCAUCGGACAAUUUACAAAACUUCAAAAACUUCGGAAUUUAUUGGUUCGAGACGUUUACCGCGAGGAGAGCGGAAAGUAUCAGCCGAACGUUGCGAUACGGCUCGGAACAACGUUCAUGCGUGCGUGCGUGCGUGUUUGUGUGUGUGUGUGUGUGUGUGCUGCGCGCGUUAAAUUCGAGCGGUUUCCAUGUUUCCUGGUUGCACCGCGGAGGGAAGAAAGGACGUUCGGAGCCUCUUAUCCAUCGAUCUAACGCAGAAGCUCCGCGUGUCGCCUUUUCUACUCUCUUAUUUCGAGUCAACAACGUUGAAUAUUGCAACGUGCAUACAAACAUUCCGUGAAAUAUGACAUGUGUAUUUGUGUGCGUGGACGUACUUGCAUCGCCGAUACGGAAUAUAGUCUAGUCAGGGUCGAAUUAUGGCUGGCUUCCACUUACAGGGUUGCAUACCGGGGGAGACUUUGCACCCGCGGUGUGUGCUGUGUGUUUGACGGGAAAUUGCUAUUUCCAUUUAAAUAAUAUGCAAACAUCCAUUUGCACCUGUCUCAAUUUACACGUGAAUCGUUCUAUUGGUUCCCGCACCAGAGAUGAUUUUUUAGACACGCGUUCUGAACGUACAUAUUUUACAGUAGCAUUUUAGCGCAACAAGAUAGGUGGGCGCAAAGUGCCCGAAUAAAAGAUAAAAUACAUUCUACACGAUUUGUACUAAAAUUUAAAUGUCUGUGAAAUUGUUGCUCCUAAAUUAUUGAUUUUAAGUUCUAAUAUUUAUCUUAUAUAUAUAUAUAUAUAUAUAUAUAUAAAUUUUUCAAAUUAAAAAUUAAGAAGAAAAAUUAAAAAAACAAACGUUAAAAAUUUGAUUUGAAGUACAAAUGUCACAAAAAUCGCCGCUGGUACAAGUGACACAUUGAUCCGAUUACAUUUCGACUAGUGCACUAGCGAACAGUGUCAAGGAUAUUGCGCGGAUAUUAAUUUUCUUAUACAUCUCUUUCUCAGAGUUGUUCAACAUAGCAACUGCGCGGACAGCACAGACCACAGCAUAGACCGUGUACAGUCGCUAAUGACAAAAAUGGUAAAGACAUGACACAGUCGAUGGCAUAGUCGGUGCAACCCUGGAUAUGAAAACCAGUCUUUAAGGCACAAAGAAUCGGGGCAAUUGUGAGCAGCGAGCAAACUCAAGCCGAUAGCACUGCACGUGAAUGAGGGCAAAUAUAGAAAACGGUCUUCUCUACCAACAAAUUAUUCAUACAUCUUAUUAGGCAUGACCAACGAGGGUGACGUACGUAUUCGAUUUCGCAAAAAGUGUAACGCGCGAAUAUCUCCGAAACGGUUUGGGAUAUCGGACAUUUCUUUCGGAUUUUUAUAUCUCAUGCGAAAAAUGAAAAUGUUUACUCAU